AUGGCGUUGGUAACCCAGGAUCAGAUCCAAAAGUUCUACCAGGAUGGCUUCCUUGUCCUAGAGCAUUUUUUCACCCUGGAGGAGUGUGACAGCAUGAGGCAGCAGAUUCAGAGGAUCGUAGCGGAGAUGGAGGUGCCGCCGCACUGCCGCACCCAGUUCUCCACCAGGGAGGAGGAGCAGCUCCAGGCACAGGGUAGCUCGGAUUAUUUCCUAACCAGUGGAGACAAGAUUAGAUUCUUCUUUGAGAAAGGUGUUUUGGAUGAGAAAGGUAACUUUCUAGUUCCAAAGGAGAAAUCCAUCAGCAAGAUUGGCCACGCUUUACAUGCUUAUGAUCCUGUCUUCAAGCAAAUCACCCAUUCCUCCAAGGUGCAGGAAUUGGGAAGAAAACUGGGCCUUGAGAGACCAGUAGUUGUGCAAAGCAUGUAUAUCUUCAAGCAACCUGGCAUUGGUGGUGAAGUGACCCCACAUCAGGAUGCCACCUUCCUGCACACUGAGCCACUGGGCAGGAUCCUGGGGUUCUGGAUUGCCUUGGAAGAUGCCACCCUGGAGAAUGGCUGCUUGUGGUUCAUCCCUGGCUCUCACACCAGUGGAAUUAACAGGAGAAUGGUCCGUGCAGCUUCAGGGGCCUCAACAUGUGUAGAGUUUGUAGGGUCAGAGCCAGCCUAUGAGGACAGCCAGUUCAUUCCUCUGCCUAUAAGUAAAGGUGGACUCAUUCUGAUCCAUGGGGAAGUUGUCCACAAGAGUGAACUGAACAGCUCGGAGUCUUCUCGCCACGCGUUCACCUUCCACGUGAUGGAAGCCAAAGGCACCAGCUGGAACAAAGAGAACUGGCUCCAGCCAACUCCUGAACUGCCUUUUCCAUCACUCUAUACUUGCAGUUAG